ACGCACGCACACGCACGCAUACGCGCACACACAUUUACGCACGCGCAUAAACACGUCCUGCCACAUAAACAUCCUGAACUGAAUUGUUGUGUAUCCUAUGUGGAGCUCCACGGUCAUACCGCGCCGACGUAGGCCGACAUGGACGACUAUCUGCGGAGGGUGGAUUGCAGACUAGGGGGGUGGAGUGACAAGUGUAUCCAUGCUGUGCUAGGCGGUCCGGAGGCAGAUGUGGACACCGUGGCAGCCACGCUGUGCUUAGCGCUCCACCUCAGCCAGAGGGAUCCCUCCCUGGGUUUGUGUGUGCCGCUGCUGUACGGCCGGCGUGGUGCCGCCUCGCUGCCUGGGGAGACCCUGGCCUACCUACACAAGAUCAAAGUGUGCGAGAGCCUCUUAUUGUGGAAGGAUGACCUAGACCUUGUGAAAAUCCAUCGAGCAGGAAAACUCUCAGUCACGCUGAUGAGGGAUGGCUUGCUGGAUGGAUCUGAGCGCCAGGCGUUGGACUCCAGCAUCCUGCGAGUGGUCCAUCACCAUGAUGAUGAUGUUGAUGAUGAUGAUGAUGAUGAUGAUGAUGACUGCGGCCCGGCGUCCGCGGCGAUGACGGUCGCCAGAGAGCUUCUUCAAGAGGCACCCGAGCGCGUCGGAGCGGCGCUGAGGGAGAGCCUCGGAGAGGCGUUGCGGCUUCAAAGCGAAGCCUUUGCCCUCAAACAUGGCCGCCGUUGUGUGCGACUGGAUGAGCUGCUGAGACAUUUGGAGCGGUGUAGUGACAGCAAAGUGGUGCUACAAGGCCUGGAACACUUGCUGUCGAAGAAGCUGAAGGAGUUUUCGGACGGAGAGAUGACCAUCGCGCUCACGUCGGUCACAGUAGGUGAGGAGCACUGGCAUGGUUACGAAGAUGCCUUGAAAUCCUUCUGCAAUCGGCACGGCUAUGACGGCUUGAUGCUUCUCCUGGCCCUUCAAGAUGCAGUUGGUCCUCCUCGCCUGCAGGUGGCAGUCUGUUCCAGCAAUGCAGAGCUCUUCAACCAGAUCUGCUGUGAACUUGAGGAGACCACCAGCUGGACUCUUUCUGAAGAACUGGAAACCAGCGGCGAUCUGCAGGUCUACCAUGUCCAACUAAAUGCCUCCUCUCCUUCGGGUGCGUCAUUGCUGCUGCUGGAGGAGGAAGUCCGAGGCCUCCUCAAGGAGUUUGUAGAUCGGAGGAGCUCCAUGCUAGCCUGUCGCCCCAGCAGCAUGACGUCCUCCACCGAGGGGGUGGCGGGCAGCGUGGAGUUUUCCCAAGGCUCGUCUGGCAUCAAUGACAUGGAAGGCUCGGACACAGAGAGAGCUGAGGGAGGAGGUGGAGAUGCGGUAGCAAUAGAUAGGGUGGUGCCAGAGGGUGAGGAUGAUCCAGGAGGAGUCCGAGCAAGUGUGGAGCUGGUGAGCCCCGACAGCGGUAUGAACACCAUCCGGAGCAGCCGCUCCUCCAAGGAGAGCUCAGUGUUUCUCAGUGAUGACAGCCCAGUCGGUGAGAUUAUUGGAUCAGCAGCAGGUCUCGGGGGCCUCCUGUUGAGAAAUCCAUCUCCUCUGGGGCUGUCAUCCCUCUCACCUCCUGCACCGCCUGAGAGAAGGCGACGUCGGCGUUCAAACAAAAAAAGGAAUGACCAAUUAGAUCAGUUUCAUUUUGAGCCGCUCCAUCCACCUCACACCCUUCAAAAUUCCACAGGAAAAGCAGAGAACGACAGGCAAACGGUGAGAAGCUCCAGCCUGUCAGAAUAUGAGGAACUAAAUAUGGUGGAUUUGUCUGACCCCAGUUCUGUAGGCGGUUUGGAAAGUAGGCAGUGCUCUACUGAUCCAGACUGUCAAAUCAUGGAGAUGACUGAGACUGUGGUUCCUCCAACACCGGUCAACAGCCUGAUGGACACUCACCCUUCCAGCUGUUGCGGCGCUAGGUUCUUCCCUGAAGAUGUAGCGGAGAGGAUCAGCGGCCUGCAGCAUAAAGACAGCAUCUCGUCGUCCUUGUCUGAAACCUGGGAGGAGCUUGGCUUCGACACACCUUCCCCUAAUGACGCCUGGAAUAGAACCAGAGGGUCAGAGAGCCCUCAGAAUCUGGAGGAACUAAGGCGCAAAGAGUUUGAUGGUGGAAAACCGAGUAGGGAAGGGAGGUCACAGAAGGACUGGAGCCUGGAACCACAACUUAGUUUGAUCACUGAACAGACAGAAUCGUGUGAAAACUGGCACCCAGAUUCCGUACUUGCUGAUCAGUGGAACCCGGUUACUGCGGCUGAUCUGCAGUUGACACCUCCAGAGGAGGAAGUAGAAGACAAAGCUGCCGUCUUUGGAGUCAAAGAAACGAGACGUCCUUCACAGAAGAAAAUCGUACUCAGCACUUUAACGCCCGACACAUCGAAAGAGGACAAUGAUGAUGCACAGGGAAGUAAAGCAGGUAUAGUGAUCCAGACGCUGGAUUUCUGGACCUACUCGGCACAGAAGGGUUUUCUGAAAUCAGAUAGCGGAACUACCACUUCCUACCCGGAAUCACUUGACAUGUGGAAUACAACGAUCCGAGAUGACAGUUUUUCUCCACUCACGACACCUGACAAUUUGUCUCAAGACUCUGGGACCUUUGCUGGGGUAGCUCCCAACAUGGGAGGCGGCACUUCUGUGGAAAGUCCUCAGGGAUUCUCCUAUGGAGGCAUGGAAAUGUGGAACACGACCAUCCAAGAAGACAGCUCUUCAUCCGCAAGCCCAGAAGGACCCGGAAAUGGAAAGGAGGAUAGCCGCCCUGGCUUAGCGGAUGGAAGGGAUACUACUGCAACCAAACAGCAGGGAAGAGAAGCAGAGAAAGGAGAACAGGAGAAGGGUAUCAGAUGGAUCGGUCAAAAGCAGAAUGUCAAAAUAGUCAUAGACGGGGAAGAAGGCAGAAUAUCGGACAGAGGGAACCCUGAACCAGCGGGGAAUCUUCCUGUUCCUCACAUGGUCAUUUCCACUUCUGACUAUGACAAUGUAGGAGGUUGCAUUUGGAGCACUUCGUCCUCCCCUGAGAUCGACUGUGGUCCUGUUGGAGGUAUGAUACAAAUGGAAGAGCAGUCCAGCCCAUUCAUAGCUGUGACCAAACCUGUAGAAGACAAGAUGGAAUCUGAUGCAAGCAGUUCAGAUAAAGUUUUCCUUUUUCAAGGACAGAGUGACUUGAGUUCAAAUGAAAAAUCAGACUCUGUUGAGCUUCGUUCACCAUUUAUUCUGGUUGACAAAUCUCAGACACUUUCAGAGGAUUAUCAAUCAAAUUUGGUUGAAGCUUGUGAAGAUCAAAUGAACACUAAGGAUUCUUUAUCUCGAAGCCCAGUUAGUUCGUCGAGUCUUGCGUCCAGUAAACCAGAAAGUUCUGGACCAGCGUCCCCCAGUUUGCCACAAAGGGUUACCCUUGCUGAUUGUCAAAGCCAAGAAGGCUCCAUGAGAGAGACAAUGUUGCUCAGCCCCAACCUUGGUUUUGACGGAGAAAUACUCAAAUUGAGCCCAGGCAGUCGAGAUGAACUAAGAUCCAACUCAGACGGGGAUUCGUCGUCAUGCCUUGAAAUGGAAUACAUUAUUGUUCCAGGAACAGUAAAGGCAGCUGAGCAUGAUCCCAAAGACACUGAAGGGCUUUCCAAAGGAUCCAGGAAGCCCGUGGAAACAUUUAACAUGCUUUCCGAUGCCAUUUUAGUUCUGAAAGCUCAGAAUCAGAAGACAACCGAGCAAAGCGAACAGACCCAAAAUGAUCAAUCAACCAGUGAGGACCACAGUCUCAUCAUAACUUUCCAGUCAGAGUCAAGGCCACCAUCUGGAAGUGAGCCACAACUGGAAGAAGGCUACUACGAAGAUAAAUCCAGCGUCUUUGGCAGAAGUCUGUCACCCUCAUUGAGACACCCAUCAGAUCACUUCCUCAAAACCAGGGAGGAGGUUUAUGUCCACUCCCAAAUCUCCAUGGAAGACUCGGGUUCAGACAGUGGGCAUUCGCCGAUCAACUCAACUUCACCCCAUGCCAACUUCCAAGUUUGGGGUGAUUCGUUACAGAGACAGGACACACAGCAAUCAUCGUGUAAUAGUUCCGCCACCUCUCACACCAGUUCCUUGGUUAGUACCCCUGCGAGCGAAUCAGGUGUCCCUAGCAACAAGGCCCUCGGAUUACCAUUUUCCGGAGAUUUGAUGGAGGAGGAAAAUGAUGAGGAAGGGCUGGAGGAAGAACCUGCAACAUUGCAAAGUACUCACGAUCUGUUGAGUUUCACAGAGGAGCUGGUUGAAAGUUGUCCACUCCCACCGAAGAGCGACCCAUCCCAACAUGAUUUACUUGAUUAUCAUGACGGACCAAGUGGAAGGACUGGUGAUCGCCUGGUUGGACAGCACGAUGGAGACUGGUGGACCUCUCACCACAGCUGUUCUCUGAAUGCGAGAUGCAAAAAUAUGACCUCACAGCUUUUACCCCAUCCAGCGAAUCAGAGUGCUACAAACCAGUGCACAACAAUUCAGGGUCCACCUGAGACUGAUUACAUUUACCACCAUGGUGACAAAAGGACAGAAAACCGGGAAAGUUGUGAGCCUACAAGGAAUACAUCAGACAUCUACGCCGAGUAUUCAACUCAAGACCCGCUUGCCGACUUUGUAGCCGAGCGAGACGACAGCUACUUUGAACCUUGUUGCGCCGAAUACAAUCACCCCAUGCGGGAAGAUCAUGUCCAGUACAUGCCUGAGGGAUACGCCCACUUCCUUAUGUCCAGACGACAACACCACGAGGACCACCCAGCAGCAGGGACGACGACUUCGACAACUAGGAUGAUGAUGAGGGGGACUUCCAGUGAGGAAGCUGAGGAUGCAGAGAACAGGGAAGACCCUCCUUCCUCUGCAGACGCAUCGAGCUCCAGUCAGAGGCGUAAGUUGUCGGCGCCGCCAAUGAACGUAUCACUGGAGCGCAGCGAGGGCUCCCUGCUCUCUGAGGAUGCCCUCGACACAGACGAGGAGGAAGCGGCUGUGGACACCGGAGACGACCUGGACGUGGACAUCGAGGAGCUGGACACGUCGGAAGAUGAGCGUGACCCCACCGUUCCGCCGGAAGGGGGCCGCGAGGGCCACGAGGAAAGUCGACUGUGGAGGAGUGUGGUGAUCGGCGAGCAGGAGCAUCGCAUCGACAUGAAGUGCAUCGAGGCCUACAAGAGGGUCAUCUCGCACGGAGGUUAUUAUGCCGAGCAGAAUGCCAUCAUCGUGUUUGCAGCCUGCUUCCUGCCUGACAGCGACUGUGAUAGUUACAACUAUGUCAUGGAAAACCUCUUCUUGUACGUCAUAAGCACCUUGGAGCUCAUGGUGGCAGAGGAUUACAUGAUUGUUUACUUGAACGGCGCCACACCUCGCCGCAGGAUGCCUGGCUUCACAUGGAUGAAGAAGUGCUACCAAAUGAUUGAUCGGAGGCUGAAGAAGAACCUGAAGAUGUUCAUCAUUGUCCAUCCUUCCUGGUUCAUCAGAACACUGUUAGGCAUCACCAGACCCUUCAUAAGCACCAAAUUCAGCAGUAAGAUCAAGUAUGUGGGCAACCUGCAGGAGCUGGGACACAUCAUCCCCAUGGAGUACGUCCACAUUCCGCCCAGCAUCAUUAAGUAUGACCAACAGAGGGCGGCAAACACAUUUGCAUGCAUGAGGCUGGACUCAGAUUUAAAGGACGCCUCAGGAAAGUCUGACAGAAAGAGAAGUUUGGCCAUUUGACAAAAUGAGAGGUCCACUUGUGGCUGCCCAUCUUCCCGCCAACGGUGAGGAGCUUUCGUCGAGGCUUCGAGAGAGAACCACGUUAAUUUGUACGUGGAAGGGAAGGUGCUUGCAAGUCUGCACUUAAUGAGGUUUACAUUGGAAUCCAUUUAUUACUGUGUAUUUACCACUUGACUAAUAUGCCUUUUCUUUCACUCUACUGUAUUAGUAGCAUUUCUGACCAUAAAUAACGUCUCAUGCAUUUGAACAAUGUCGGAGUUUACAAAAAAAAAAUCCAUACAGACACACGCACACAAUAAAUCUCUGUACUGUACUUAUCGAUAGACUAAUACGAGUCAUUGACCAAGCAUCGCUUUAAAUCAGGGGUGGUAUGACUGGAUUGACUUUGACUGGGGAAAAGCCUUCCCUGUGGUAGCGUGUCAUCGCAAAAUACCGCCAACGAUACCACGAUACCACGAUACAACGUGACGUAUUGGAAGAAUAUCAUCUACGAUCGAUUUUGAUAUCUGGGUAAUUGAAUGUAAAAGAAAAACAAUCGGACAGCUUUAAUAUAAAGUGGAGGCAAACUAUGUGCUAUACAUGACAAUAUCGACGAAACUAAAUAAGGGAACAUCGUACACAAGUAAUAUUAACACAGUAAAGUUAGUAUCACGGUACAAUUCUGAUGCAAUAAUCCGUUUUUGGAAUAAAACGUACAAUAUAUGUAAAGAAGGGAAAACGCGUACAGAAAAAAAAAAAAAAACUGUGACGGCAAUGUGAAUAUUGAUACCUGUGUUGUCAAAGACAGUUUUGUCCCACCCCCUGAUUCGAACCUGACCACGGUCAACAAUCUCAAAUGCGGCUUACUCUACUAAUACAUUCUAUCACUGUGAAAGUCUUUGGGGUAGCAAACUAGCACUUGAAUGUGUCUGCGGUGACUUACUUGUGCAUGACCUUCCCACGCGUGUGUGCAUGUGUGACCGAAGAAUUGUUUACGAAGUCUCGUGUGUGCGUUCCACACUUUUAUUUGGGAUUCUGCCGUCAUCUUCGUACUGUAAAAUAAAGAAAAGACUGCUCAUCCCUUG